GCCUUGCUUCGAGCUCGCUACCUUCAAGCUCUUCAUCCUUCUUCACCUUCGUCUCGCACCCGCCUAGACACCACCGUCCACCAUGCCUCACCGCACUGCCACCCCUGAUCGUCACGGCGAGGAGCCGACCGUCGACCCGUCGCAGCACCCGACGUACGGCCUUCUCGGCAAGGACCUGACCAUGUUCUCCGAGGCCGGCUUCGACAUGGACAAGAUCCACCUCAAGCGCAACGCGCCCGUCGCCCAGCUGUACGAGGACGCCAUCAAGUACGAGGGCGCCGUCAUUGCCGCCUCGGGCGCGCUCAUCAACUUCUCGGGCAAGAAGACGGGCCGCUCGCCCAAGGACAAGCGCAUCGUCUACGAGGAGACGAGCAAGGACGACGUGUGGUGGGGCGCGAUCAACAUCCAGAUGGACGAGCACACGUUUGAGAUCAACCGCGAGCGCGCCAUCGACUACCUCAACACGCGCGACAACGUCUACGUCUUUGACGGCUUUGCCGGCUGGGACCCCAAGUACCGCAUCAAGGUCCGCGUCAUUGCGUCGCGCGCCUACCACGCCCUGUUCAUGCACAACAUGCUCAUCCGCCCGACGGCCAAGGAGCUCGAGGACUUUGGCACGCCCGACUUUACCAUCUACAACGCGGGCCAGUUCCCGGCCAACCGGUUCACGGCGGGCAUGACGUCGCAGACGUCGGUCGAGGUCAACUUCAAGCGCCGCGAGAUGGUCAUUCUUGGCACCGAGUACGCGGGCGAGAUGAAGAAGGGCAUCUUUUCGGUCAUGCACUACCUCCAGCCGGUCAAGUUCGGCAACCUGUCGCUCCACUCGUCGGCCAACCAGGGCCCGGACGGCGACGUGUCGCUCUUCUUCGGCCUGUCGGGCACGGGCAAGACGACCCUGUCGGCCGACCCCUCGCGCGCCCUCAUCGGCGACGACGAGCACGUGUGGUCCGACUCGGGCGUCUUCAACAUCGAGGGUGGCUGCUACGCCAAGUGCGUCGGCCUCGACGCCGAGAAGGAGCCGGCAAUCUUCAGCGCCAUCCGCUUCGGCUCGAUCCUCGAGAACGUCACGUACGACUACCAGACGCGCGAGCCCAACUACGAGGACACGGGCAUCACCGAGAACACGCGCUGCGCGUACCCGAUCGAGUACAUCGAGAACGCCAUGAUCCCCUGCAUGUCCUCGGCGCAGCCGAAGAACGUCAUCUAUCUCUGCUGUGACGCCUUCGGGGUGUUGCCGCCUGUGUCGCUCCUCGACGCCAACCAGGCGCAGUACUGGUUCCUCUCGGGCUACACGUCCAAGACGCCGGGUACCGAGGACGGCAUCGCCGAGCCCACCCCGACUUUCUCCACCUGCUUCGGCGCGCCGUUCAUCGUCCUCCACCCGUCUCGUUACGCCGCGAUGCUGGGCAAGAAGAUGUCGGAGCAGAACACCAAGUGCUGGCUCGUCAACACGGGCUGGGUGGGCGGCGCGUUCGGCGUCGGCAAGCGCUGCCCGCUCAAGUACACGCGCAAGAUCAUCGACGCCAUCCACGACGGCAGCCUCGCCAACGCCGAGUACAAGACCAACCCGGUGUUCAACCUCGCCAUGCCGACCAAGAUCGAGGGCAUCCCCUCGGAGCUGCUCGACCCGGAGCAGGCAUGGAGCGACAAGGCGGGCUACAAGGCCCAGGUCACGAAGCUUGCUGACAUGUUCACCAAGGCGUUCGAGCGCUACGCCAACGAGUGCGCGCCGGAAGUUGUCGCCGCCGGUCCCCGGGUCUGAGCGUCGCCCUCUCCCACCCUCUCCCUCGCAUUGUCGCUCCCCCUCUUUGCCUCCCCGUCUGUCUGUUCCCCCGCAUGGACCCUCCUCGGUGUGUGACUAGCCGCCCUUUGCCGUACCACCAUGCCCCUGUCUCGAAACACAGCCGUGUUCGUUUUGCCCUU